GCGUUUGACCAGUAAAGUACGCGUAAAACAAAAUCAACAGAGCGCGGAGGGCGACAACACGCGUCUUUGUCGUUGUCGUUGACGAGAAGGCAUUUCCGGAUUCUUCUCCGCUUUUACCCUUUUUUUAUUGUACAGAUUGAAUUCUUUACCUUUUUUUCUUCUUCAUUGAUCGCAUGUCCGGCUCUUUUGUACUGCACGAUGAGCUCCUUCGGCUUCAGCAAGAAGAAAACCACACCUACUACAUUCCAAAUGAAGUGGCGGUUCAGGGCAAAACAAAAGGAGAAUUGACACGAUACCUAUAUGAUAUCACGGACCGGAUUGAAGUGGCAUCAGACAACAUUACAGAUCCAUUAGUGUUCGACAAGAUCCGCAGCUUUUUAAAGAACUUUCAAUACUUGACCAAAGAAGUUGCUUCAAAGUUGAUGGACAGCCUUUUAUCUGCUUUCAGGGCAGAAAUUAAAGCAACCUCCGAUGAUAUUGACAACAAUGAAAAAGAUACGUUUGCUGGUCAUCGACAAAGCCUCGAGCAUUACGGCUUCUUAGUGCAUUGGACCUUACUUGUAUCAGACGAGGGAUCAGCUACUUCAGCAGCAGCAGCAUCUACUACCACUAAGCCCAAGAAAGGAAAAUCCCGAGCAACUUCAUCAGAAGUAACGGACUAUAGCGCACACAAAACUAAAGCAUUCGACCUGAUCGCACGACUCCUCGAUAUCAAAAUAUCCAAAAUAUGGACCCUGACACCCGAGCGACAAACAUUCAUUGGUCUCUUCACAAAACCAGCAUUCCAAAUUUUUGAAGAUCCUGCAACCUCGAAAUCACAUACAAAGGAAAUCAAGUUCCGUGCUUUUCGGAUUCUGGGAUUAUGCAUAAAGUAUUAUGGCUACAUGUUUGCUGCGCAAACAACAAUCAUGCAGGAUUUACAGUAUUGGGAGCAUUCGGCAGAACCCAUGGCCGAGCUAUUAAAGUAUCUGAUUGAAAAACAAGACUAUACCCAGCUUGCCGACGAGAUCCUCCGUGAAAUAAGUAACAAGGAGUUUAAGGAUGUCUCAUCCAAAGAAGUCAAGGACUCGCCCAAUGCAAAGACAUUUGCUGCUUUUCUCAUCAAACUUGCUGAACUCUCACCAAAGACAAUCCUAAAAAAUCUGGGCUUACUUGUUCAUCAACUUGGAAGCGAGUCAUACACGAUGCGCAUGGCUAUCAUUGAGGCAUUAGGCACGCUGAUAAUCGAAUUAACAGCUCAUAUGGAGGACAACCCUUCUCAAAAAGAACAAAUCAAUGGAUUCUUUGACAUUUUGGAGGAGCGUAUGCUCGAUCCUAUUGCCUUUGUUCGAUCGAAAGUACUGCAAACAUACCUGCGAAUACUAGAACUGAAAACAAAAUUCCCUAAACGACGAUAUGCCUUAUGUGUCUUAUCCGUGCGACAUCUGCAAGACAAGAGCAGUAUUGUGCGAAAGUAUGCCAUUCGCGUCCUAACAAAGCUUACAAUGACCCAUCCCUUCAGCAUGUAUGGCGGCGAAUUGGGCUUGGAAAGCUGGCAAGCCAAGCUUGACAAGAUCAAAGAAGAAUUGGCCAGCGUAACAACUGAAGAUGAUAUGCCGCCAAUUGCUAUCGGACCCAUUACUGUGGUGGAUAAACAAGAACAGGAACAAAACAACAAACAGGAGAAGGGGGAGGAAAAAGAUGAAAACGAAGCAGAUUCAGAUGUCGAGAUGGAGGAUGUAACAAACGAACAGAAUAAAGAAAAAGAAGGAGAAAACAACGACGAUUCAGAUGCCUCUUCUUCACAACAACAAAGGGGUGAGGAGCAAGAAAAAGAGAAUCGACCGAUACAAUCACAAGAAUCGAUUUCAGAGCCACCAAAAGCUCCAAAACCAACUGUCAUCUCACCUGAAAAAAUGCAACAACUGACUCUUAUGAGAGCGUUCCAUACCGAUGCUGUCAAAUUCAUCCAACAACUACACACAGCCAUGCCUUUGAUCUGCCAGCUUUUAUCAUCGAAAUCCAAGCCAGAAGUACUAGAAUCAAUGGAGUUCCUUGUCACAGCAUACGAAUACAAAGUCAGCCCGGCAGCGGACGGAAUCCGCAAAAUGCUUCACUUGAUCUGGACUAAGGACACGAGCGAUGAAGGCAAAGGCGUGAAAAUGAAGCUCCUUGAGUGCUAUCGCAAGCUCUACUUGGAUCCGGACGCUCGCUUGAACCAGCGCGAAAACAUCAACACCAUUGCUCGCAAUUUAAUCCAACUCACGUUCAACACAACGCUCGCCGAACUUACUUCCCUCGAACAGCUUUUGAGCACUGUGAUGGCUGAGGAUUUGCUCGGUGAAACGGUGAUUGACAAAUUAUGGAGUGUGUAUGGCUUCACGGGCGGCAAUAUCCCCAAGGAACAGCGGCGUGGCGCUAUCAUCAUCCUCGGCAUGCUUGCAAAAGCCAGAACAGAAAUCGUCAAUGAAAAAGUGGACACGCUUUUACGGAUUGGUCUUGGUCCCUUGGGUAAAUCGGAUUUGGCUUUGGCAAGAUACACUUGUAUUGCUCUUCAACGGCUAGCUGGCUCGAAAACUCCCGAGAAAGGAAGAAGUGCUCAUGCUGGUAUCCGACUACCCAUGACACAUCCUGUAUUUGCUCGUCUUAAAGAUAUCAUCGAGAGCCCCAACCAAGAGAUGGAGUGGUUCAGUAUGACGGAGCAGGCCAUCAAUGCAAUCUAUAUGCUUGGUGAACAUCCAGACGUACUGUGCGCUGAAAUUAUCCGUAACAGGACAGUCAAAGUAUUUGGCGAACAUGAACGCUCCGAAACGCCACUGUCAGCAACAGGAUUGGCAAUUGACGAUGGAUCAACAGCGAAUAGCGAAUCGAUGAAUAUCGAUUACGGCAUGAGCGUAUCACAACAAGCGCUACCAUUCCCACAAAACCCAGUCCACCAAAGUGCCAAAGAGCUUAGUCAGCUACUGUUCAUUGUCGGUCACGUCGCCCUAAAACAAAUUGUUCACCUGGAAAUCAUUGAAGCAGCAUGGAAAAAGAAAAAGACGAACGCAGAUAACACCAAGAAGAACAACGGCGGUAGCGAUAGUACUAGCGGAAACAAUGCAGCAGAUGAAGAACUGGAGCAAGUUGGAGGUACAGCCGAAGACGAUAUUGGCGACACCAUCACACAUAUCCGUGAACGUGAAGUGUUGUUUGGGCCAAACUCGUUAUUGGCACGCUUUGGUCCAUUGCUGACCGAAGUCUGUGCGCGCAACAAGGUGUAUACGGACCGAACGUUGCAAGUAAUGGCCACCUUGGCGCUUGGCAAGUUCAUGUGUGUCAGCUCAGAUUACUGCGAAAAGAACCUACAGCUUCUUUUCACGAUUCUGGAGAAAUCCAAAGACGCGACGAUCCGGAGCAACAUUGUGAUUGCAUUGGGCGACAUGGCCGUAUGCUUCAACACGCUUAUCGACGAAAACAUUUCGUUCCUGUACAACCGACUGGGUGACGAAAACAGCAUUGUGAAAAAGAACGCCGUGAUGGUUUUGACACAUCUUAUCCUCAACGGCAUGGUCAAGGUCAAGGGCCAGAUUAGCGAGAUGGCAAAGUGCUUAGAGGAUCCAGAUCAGCGCAUCGCGGAUUUAGCCAAGCUCUUCUUUACCGAACUGGCGACCAAAGACAAUGCCAUCUACAAUAAUCUUCCGGACAUCAUUAGCAAUUUGACCAAUUGUGAACCCAAGGUUGACGAAGAGAUUUUCCGGCGAAUCAUGCGAUUUGUUUUCUCUUUUGAAUUUGCUGAAAAGGAGAAACAAGCCGAAAACGUGGUGGAUAAACUUUGUCAACGUUUUGUAAAUACGGAUGAUGAAAGAAUUUGGCGGGACAUUGCAUUCUGCUUAUCGUUGCUUCCAUUCAAGUCGGAGCGUAGUUUCAGGAAGUUGCUAGAAGGGUUACCGGCGUAUCAAGACAAGCUGCACAUUGAACCUGUGCACAAGAGUUUCCAAGAAAUCAUUUUGAAGGGUCGGUUACAGAAGACCGCCAAGCCUGAGCUCAAAUCCCUUUUGGAUGAAUUGGAGCAAAAGUUAGCAAAGGAAAGCGGAGAAAAACAGGGCGAUGGCGGGGACGAGUCAAAUCAGGAUGGAGAACAACAAGAUCAACAGGAACAACCACAAGAAGAAGCCGGAACUUCAACAACAACAACAGCAACAUCGUCAUCAUCCAAAGCUACCAAGGCACCUAAACGGAACUUAAGAAAACGAGUACCACCACAAUCAAGCAAGACAUCUGCUCCUUCACGAACAUCACAACGACCAAAGCAGGAACGGAAAAAACCUGCAGAGACCCCACGUAAGCGCAAGCGGCGUGUUGUUGAUAGCAGUGAUGAAGAUGACGACGACGACGACGAAAUGGAGCUGGAAGACGACGACGAUGAUGGCGAUGACAUAGGAGACGAGUCAUCAUCCUCGGAUGAAUUUAUGGAAGAAAUUGACGAGCGAUAGUAACAAUAACACGUAAUAAAGCUGCAAGGCACCAGGGGUGCCACACCUUGCAAUUUGACUGACCUCACUUAUCUGUGAUUUAGUCUCACGUCA